AUGGCACAUAGCCAGCCUCCACGCAGCGUCUCUCCGGACAAUGAGGAGCGGACGUGGCUUCCCGAAAUGACGCCAAUGAACUUUGACGGCGUUGGCGACGGUCCGCACCGUAUGCCCUCAGUAUCGUUCAGUCUGGGUCGCUCGAGGUCCAUUCGUGAGAGCGAUACUUACAACUGGCAGAAUGAAGCCACAGACCUCCUAUUGACCAGUGCGACCGGCGAAGCCAGCGCACCCAACGACUCUACCGCCAACCAGAACAACUUGAGCCGCCACAGCUCCCAUCACGGCAACCCGCUCCGUUUAUCUCAUCAAGACGCCGAAUUCGAAAUGGUCGCUGCGCCAGUAAUGGCAAGGACAGGCUCCAUCAGAAGCAGGUCGUCGGUACGAGCCUCACCGGGCGGGAUGCCUUCCCCAGACGAUACACUCGUGGAGGGGAGUUCUCCCCCACGAGCCUCCCGAUGGGGACUGCUGUGGAAAUUCAGAUCCAAGGGCCUACACCACAGGGUAGGCAGCAAAGAGGCUCUGACGACGAACAUGUCACCAAUAGCGGGAGCCGGAGGUCUCGCUGUGGCCGAGGAUGAUGACGGGGAUAGCGACGCCGCCGCAGCAAGCAAUCGAAAUGGCGGCCAUGUGUCGGAAGCAUGUUCUUCAAGAAAACCGAUUCAAUCGCCAAAAGCAGAUCUCUUCACCAAAUUCCUCAUCGGCAUGUCGCUGUACUCGACUACCAUGAGUGGGGUGUUUAUAGGCAUUGCCUUUGAACAUCGACGCUGGGGUCGGCUUAUAUCCUCGCAUUCGAUACUUUCCCCGUCGAAAGCGACAUCGCUGACUGCAUUCCUCUCCAAGACGAUCGAAAUGACUUUUGCCACGGCAUUCAUGACAGUUCUUGGCCAAGCACUCACGCGAAGAGCUAUCGCAAAUGGACCCCGAGGCACAACCCUUGCAGAAAUCUCAAUGCGAAGCUGGGUGAUUCAGCCUGGCGCGCUUUUUUGGCAGUCCGGGAGACGACAGGCGUUAUUCAGUAUCCUCGGCAUUCUUUCUGUUGUGGCGGCAGUGGUUACCACAUUCUACACAACGGCAUCCGAGGCUACGGUGGCUCCAAAGCUCAAGUUUGGCAGCUGGGAAGAUGUGGUCUUAUCAGGCUACGUCCGCGCUUCCUAUGCCAACCCUCAAUAUGUCCACUCGUCCUGUCAGACCAUGUUGAGGAGCGAGGAAGCGAACCAGGAGCAUGCGACGAUGUCGUGCACGGACGUGAUGAUAUCCGGCGAAUCGUACCGAAACCUACAGGCCUUCAUGAAUGUCUGGGCCGACAUCAACACAAACGGGAGCUCGAACGCGCGGGAUGUAAAAGACAGACCGGCUGGCACGGCAACUCUGAACGGCACCACGACCCUAUACGGCACUUGGAUCGAGACGGAGAACAGCAACGUGACGGCGCAUUUCGAGAAGACGAAGCGCAUUAUCAACAACGUCACCCUAGCCAUGCCGCAUCCCGGCGUGGCGUAUGCAGCCAUGUCAUCGCUGAACGAUAUCAUGCAGCCGCGUGAUCUCGAUGGCGUGGGAGAGUAUGCCGUCAAGGCGGGCGUCGUGUCUCCAGCGGUCAACGUCUUGUGUAUCAACAUGAAACGUGAUGAGCUCGCGCCGCUCGUCUACACCGAGUGGCCAUUUGCAAAUAACACCCGGACCGGCCUGGGAGAGCAGCAGGUUGGGUGGGAGAACUGGACGUCGGGUGUGCCCCCUGCCAAAAACAGCCAUGGGGAUGCAGACUAUUUGAAUAGAACCGUCGUGGAUGAUCUUUUUCGCUGGGGGCCCAAGUAUAUGCGAAGACCACCGGUCUUUCGACUUUUUCCAGCCGAUUACAACACGGUGGUUAAUCCCAUACCUUUACUGUCAGAAUCUGAUGCUAUAUACAUCAUGGGCAAAAGUCCCAGUCCCGACCUUAAAGAAUACUACGCGAUGUGUGAGCUUCGAUCGUGGGUGUCCCCCCGAUGCUCAACGCAGUUCAAUAUCUCCGGCAUCACGGGCAGCAAAUUGGUAGCUCACUGCGAAGACCCCAAGGACCUGAACAGCUACCGGCAUUCCUUCGAUGUUCCGCCCAAAUGGGAAGAGCCAUCGCCAGACUGGAAGAGGCAAACCCAACCGCAGAACUUGGCCGAUCAGUGGCGCACUGCGUCUGACUUGAACGGGGGCGAGCGCAACAGUAACCCUGCCAACUCGCGGAUUCUCACCCAGCUCAUACUUCCGAGGGCGGAACUGCAGCCGCACCUACCGUCGCUGGCGGAGGCGCUGGCCGUGUUCGCCAGCUCGACGCUCGUUCUCGGGUCCGUGGACUCGCCGUUUGAGCACUACUGGAGGUGGCCGGCGAAGGGCAACAUCCUAGGUGCCCCGGGGAUGGCAGUCCCGUUCAACGCGUCGAUGGCGACGCAGCAGUACACGUCCAGCUCCAUGUACGGCUGGCAGUCAAUGUUCUACGCCAUCCUGGUAAUAAUGUUCAUCCUCAACUGUCUGUGCUUGGUGUACAUCAUUAUUUACCGGAAACCCGUGACGGACUUCACUGACGCGCACAACCUCUUCGUGCUGGCACUCAACAGUGCGCCCAGCGACGAAAUCAAGGGCAGUUGCGGCGGCGGACCGGAGGGUAUUGACUGGGUAGUUCCGUGGCGUGUGGGCCUUAAUAAGGCGAAUCAUUAUUUUAUCGAGACGAACCGCAAGAAUUGGAGCGACAUUUGUGACCAGAGAGCCAAGAAGGACCGCUCUCCGGCAGCCAACUUUGACAGGCUAAGCAAGAGCAACCCUUUGCUCUAA